CCACUGCCUGCCACCGUGUCUGCGAUCCUGCGCUCCCUCUCACCGGCUCCACUCUGCUCUCCUCUCCUCUCACUGAUCGUCCCUCUCGGUGUUUCAGCGGAGGGGCUGUACGCGCUGUUGCGCUAUUGAUACCCACUUUACUCUGUGUUUGUGGAAAGUCAGCCUCUCUCUCUCUCUCUCUCUCUGUCCUCCUCUCUGGCUGCGCUUUGCUAACCUAACAGGGAGGUGUUAACUACUUUUCUUCCACAAAGCGCCUCCCGUUAUCUCCGCUGCCGCUGCGCAGGAGCUAGAGGGGACAGUGCUGCUGAGAUUCCCACUCCGCAGAAAAAGUUUUCCGUUUGUUGUGAGGAUAAAAAAAAAAGAAGCCGGAAGCCGAGGAGUUGUCUGUAGAAGAAGCGGAUUCUGCCGCGGCGAGUUUGGUGACCCGAGAAGAUGAGGAACCAGCUUUGAUGACCAACGGAUGUCCAACCUCCACGGACAAACUCUCCAAGAAGGUGGCUUUUACUGAUCUUUUCCAAGGAGAACAAACCUCAACCGAGACAAUUUACUGAAUUCAUCAUCAGGACUCAAGGUGGUACAACUGGGAAGUCUGCGAAGGACUGAUCAUACCAAACGGAACUUACCCGGCAAGGAAUGAUCUGGACUGAAUCCCCCACAAGAAAAUUUGGUGGGAAUCAGACUAAUUAAUUGAAUCUCUACGACCUUCAAAGUAGCUGAACUGACAAUACUCACUUUUCCUUCCUUAAAAAGCAAAGUGCUUUGAAUCUCCUACCCAGAUUCCCGCACUUCCUCAGGCCCUUUCUAAGGGUCUUGGACACAGUCAGAAGUCCUUGUGAGGAGGAAUCAUUGCCUCCUUUUCUUAAUAUUGUUGGGACAUUUUCCUUAAAUCCAACAUGGACCUUCACAGGGCAGCGUUCAAGAUGGAGACCUCCUCCUACCUGCCCAAUCCCCUGGCCUCUCCAGCCCUCAUGGUGCUGGCCUCCACAGCUGAAGCAUCGCGGGAUGCCUCCAUUCCCUGCCAGCAGCCACGUCCAUUUGGCGUCCCUGUCUCUGUUGAAAAAGACGUCCAUUUGCCAUUCAACAAUGGUUCUUACACUUUUGCAUCAAUGUACCACCGCCAGGGCGGAGUACCACCAGGAUUCCCCAACAGGGAUUUUCCUCCAUCCCUCCUCCACCUUCAUCAUCAGUUUGCCCCGCCUAACCUGGACUGCUCGCCAAUUAGCAUGCUGAAUCACAGCGGCGUCGGAGCCUUCCGGCCUUUCGCUUCACCUCCAGAUGAUCGGGACGGGGUACCUGGCGGGUAUCAGUCUGCUUUUACCCCAGCAAAGCGCCUCAAAGGCUGCCUUGAUGCGGACGCUCCCCACCUGCGGUACUCCGAUGCAGAGGGGAAAGAAUACGACUUUGGCGGCGCCCAGAUCCCUCCUGGAGGCUCGCCCAGCAGCGCCUUGAAAGCGGUGGAGGACAGUGGGAAAAAGAUUUUCGCCGUGUCAGGCCUCCUGUCUGACCGAGAGACUUCCUCCAGCCCUGAGGACCGCAUCGAGCGCUGUAAAAAGAAGAUGUCCCUGUACGACAGCCAGGCUCCAAUCUGUCCCAUCUGCCAGGUGCUGCUCAGGCCCGGAGAGCUUCAGGAACACAUGGAGACAGAGAUGGAGCGGCUAGCUAGCAUAUGCCUCAGCAAGAACAUCUCACACAAGGAUGGAAUCAUCACUCCAGGAACCCCCAAGUCGAUGCUUCUGUCGGUGCACAUCAAGCGUGAGGGAGAGUCUCCCGUGGUCUCGCCUCUGUCAUCUGAAGACAUCCACCACUCCGACAGAUACCAGACGUUUUUACGAGUUCGAGCUAACAGACAAACCAGACUGAAUGCCCGUAUAGGGAAAAUGAAGAGGAGGAAGCCUGAGGAGGGGGGCCAGGUAUGUCCGCUGUGCAGCGCCCCAUUGGCUGGGAGCGAGGAGGAGAUGAGUAGACAUGUGGAACAAUGCCUGAUCCAGCGUGAGGGUGCGCUAUGCGACGACGACUCUGCAGACAUGGAUGGAGAGAAUGGGCGGGGCUUUGAGGAGUACGAGUGGGCGGGGCAGAAGAGGAUCCGAGCCACAGCCUUGCUGGAAGGAGGCUUCAGAGGAACAGGCUUUGCCACGUGUAGCAUCAAAGAGAGCGCAGCGGACAGCGACGCUGACCUCGACGUGGACGGGGAUGACACCUUGGAGUACGGAAAGGCCCAGUACACCGAGGCAGACAUCAUCCCCUGCUCUGGAGCCGGAGAGGACCAAGGAGAGGCCCGGGAGAGGGAGGCGCUACGGGGAGCUGUGCUCAACGGGGGGAUGCCUUCUAACAGAAUAACGCCUGAAUUCUCCAAAUGGGCCAGUGACGAAAUGCCUUCAACGAGCAACGGAGAAAGCAGCAAGACAGACCCCAGCACCCCUUCAUCCUCCUCCUCCUCCUCUUCCUCUUGCGUCCCACGCACCUGUAAAAACAGUGAGAUCGAAAAGGUAACAGAGGAGGAGUCCACGGCCACCACCAUGGAGGCUCUGAAGGCUCGGAUCAGAGAGCUGGAGAGGCAGAUCCUGAGAGGGGACCGAUACAAGUGUCUCAUCUGCAUGGACUCAUACACGAUGCCGCUCACCUCCAUCCAGUGCUGGCACGUCCACUGUGAAGAAUGCUGGCUCAGGACUCUGGGAAACAAGAAGCUGUGCCCGCAGUGCAACACCAUCACCUCACCUGGAGACCUGAGGCGUGUCUACUUGUAAAGAGCACACCCCCACCCUGCCCCUCCCGACCUGCGCCGCCUCGUCCUGCCAGUCCAUUCCCCCCUUCUCAUUUUGGAGUUCACCGCCCUCCAUGUCGAUUGUCAUGUUUUCUCCUCUGUCCCGGGCCAGGCUCAGCAGCUCCAAACCACCCCUCCAAGAGCGCACAGAGACGAGACAGCCGUCUUUAAGACUCAUCAGACUCUUUCAGGAGGUUCAAACUGAGAGCUGACUGCCUGGCCACCAACACAAAAAAAAAGAAGAAAGAAAUGACAGAGACUUGAAACCUCACAGAUGGACAGGCUUUUUCCCCUGCCUCGCUGACAUCACCUCCUGUACAUGUAACAUGGGAUGUGCACUGAAGGACCUUUAUUCAGUGGAGAUCCCCGACACCCAGCUCUAAGCCCUGCAGAGAUCUUCAUGCAGCCGGGGCUGGAAGGAACUUCCUAAUACAGAAUAUAAAGACUACUUUUCCCCACUCUAGCUCUUCUUCGACAUUUAAUUGGUGCUGAAGCUUCUUUCUUUUUUUUCUUAUUCGUUCCUUUUUUCCGAAGUGAAAACGUAUCUUCACGGCCCUGUUGAAAGGAGAAUUAAAAAAAAAAAAAAAAAAAAAGGGUCUGCCCACUAAAACUGAGCUUUCAACCAAACUGAGAAUAACCUCACAACCUUGAAAAGGAGUGUGACACUCCUCCUCUCCUCCUCCUCCCUUUGUUCCCUCUUUUUGUGGUGUAAUAGUGAAGUAAACCAAAAUUUUCCCUCCUUCAAGAUGCAGUGCAAGCACAUGUAAUAUAGUUCUAUGUAUGUUUACAAUGUUGGGUGUAAAUGACAUAGAGUCCACACACACACACACACACACACACACGUACACACACUGCAGACACACACAGAAGUAUAUGAUAUCAAAGUACCUGUUUUUAGUUGGAAGGGUUUGGGAAUGAUGUUUUGGGGGAAAAAAUGGCUGAAAUAAAAAGAAGCCUUCUGUAUUUUUAAAAAGAAGAAAAAUGUUUGAAGGUCCGUUGAAGUUUUAUUUCACUGUACAGGAAUAAAAAAAUCUAAAUAAUAAUAAACUACUCAAGACUA